CCAUUCUCUUUCUUGGAAAAUAGAUUAGGCGGUUUCUCUUUCUCAUCCCAAAUAAAUAAAAAGAAGAGGCACCUGAAAUUAAAAAAUAUCUCAAAAAAAAAAGAAAAAAAGAGAGGCACCUGAAGAUAACCCCAAGCCUCAUUACGAUCAAUCAUCAGAGUAUUUAGGGUUUCGAUCCUCCCAUAAUUUGUCUCAAUUUCCCCUCCUUUCCAAGAGUUUAGAGGGUGUCGGAAAAUGCAGGGAGGCAGGGGUGGAAGGGAUCCUUUCUAUGAUUUUGGUGGCGAUCCUUUUGGUGGUUUUGGGGGCCUUGGAGGAUUUGGUGGUCCUAGAAGUUUGCUCUCCAAUUUCUUUGGAGGAAGGGACCCUUUUGAUGACCCUUUCUUCACACGCCCUUUUGGAAGCAUGUUUGAAUCAAGCUUCUUUGGCCCCGGCCAGAGUCCUUUUCCGGAUAUGCAUCCUACUGGAUUUAUUGAGCAUCAGGCCCCGGAGCCAAAGAGACCAAGGGGCCUGAUUAUUCAAGAACUAAAUUCUGAUGAUGAAAAAGAAGAAGCAGAUAAAGAGAUGAAAGAUAAUCCUAGAAAGCAUGGUAGGUCUGAUGAUGAACCUUAUGUUGAGGUUCCAGAUGAUGUAGCUGGACAGUCUGAGAGAAGGAACAGGCAUUUGCAGUAUAUGAAUGGUUACAAUAGUUCAUAUCAGCGACAGCAGCAACAGCCUCAAACUCGUAGCUUUACAUUUCAGAGCUCCGCUGUCACUUAUGGUGGUGCUAAUGGAGCUUACUAUACUUCAUCCAAAACAAGGAGGACUGGAAGUGAUGGAGUUAUCUUUGAAGAAAGCAAAGAAGCUGACACAGCCACAGGUCAAGCAAGCCACUUGGUUUCUAGGGGGCUUCAUGACAAGGGUCAUUCAGUUCUGAGAAAGCUGGGUUCAGAUGGUAGGGUGGAUACAAUGCAGACCUUGCACAAUUUGAAUGAAGAUAAGCUUGCUGGUUUUGAAGAAGCAUGGAAUGGAAAUGCCAGAAAGCAUUUGCCUGGCUGGUCUGGGAGUUUGAAUGGCCAUGAUGCUAUAGGGACUGGUCGCAGUGAGAAUGGGCAGGCUGGUCGGGGAGGGUGGGCACUUCCUUCUACCGAGCGUUCUCAACAGUCAGGGAGAGUGAUGCUGGAUGCCAGAGACAGGGCAGGCCUCUCUAGCAACCAGCAUUCUAUGAGGGCUAAAGGUUCAAGAGAUUUUAAAGAUAAGAGUUCUCACUCACAAGGGAAGCGAAGGGACUAAGUUGAAAGGCACGAGUAGAUCAUGUGGAGAAGAGGUUAUUGCCUGUGUUAGGCUAUAGCCAUCUUUUCUAGUUUAAGGCAUUUGUUUGCCCUUUAGUUUUCCGCUCUUUAGUUGCAUAUUUUAUAAUGUGUCUGUUGUGUCAGACCAUUUGCUUUUGAGGUGGUUAAUGCAGAGAGCUUUUAGACAAUUUCUGCAAAUGAUGCCCUUUUAAGUUCCACGUAUUAUCACAUUAUAAUCUCGAGUUUUCAGUACGUAAAACUUGCAAUUUGAGAUGAUUGCCCAUCUAAUGGUUUCUUUCU